AUGUCGUCUCGUCAAUGUCCAUAUGACAAUCUUCUGAUGCUUGAUUUUGAAACAACUUCUGAUGGAGUGUACCACGACUACCCAUUUGAAGUCAUUCAAUUCAGUGUGGCGGUGUUGGACGUCAAGUCAAACACAAUCAGUGAUGAUGUUUCGUUCAACGAAUAUGUUCGCCCAGUGAUCAACCCAAAGUUGUCGAGUUAUUGUGCUGAUUUAACUGGAAUCAAACAAGAAACUCUUGACAAAGCUGAUACUUUUCUCAAUGUCUACAAGAAAUUUCUCUCCUGGCUUGAUCAGAAUAAUUUCGAAGAGAAGAAGUUUGCUCUUGUGAGCGACAGUCGUCAAGAUAUGUGGAGAAUCGCUCAAUAUCAAUUUCGUCUGUGCAGGGAGCCAUUGCCAUCCAUGUUCCGCCAAUAUAUCAAUCUUUGGAGAACAUUUGGAGAAAACAUGACAAUGGAAGAACGAGACAAAUUGGAGGGAAAUACCUAUAUGGAGAAAAUGGCAAUUUUCCAUGGCGUGAAGAGUCCAGGAAGAGCUCACAACGCUAUGAUCGAUUGUCUCACUCUGGCUAGAAUCACACAGAAGAUUUUUGAAGGUGGAGCAUCAGUUUACAUCAACGAAGCACUUGUCUGCAGUGCUCCUUGGCGCAAGAAACCAUUGGAACUCGAGAAAGGAAAGGACUGGAGAACUGAUUUUCAUUCGGCAACCAAAGUGUUUGAGAGAGUCAUGCCACUCGUUGUCAAAGUCUGUCGUCGUGGAGAGUACAACUUGUCUAUGUACAAUUUCUGCUGGUACUGCAAGGCGGAACACAAGAAAUGUGAAUCGAAACCAAAACAGAAGCCGGUCGCGUUUUAUGCUGAGCAAGAAAAACCAAUCGCAUACGCUCUAGCAGCUGGUUAUUGUUAA